AUGGCUGUGUAUAACCCAAACAUCUCCAACGGCACCUGCUAUUACACGGAGGACACCCCGACAAAGGGGGAUUUUAUCCCAUGUGGUAACGAGGCGCUCCAAGUAUGGCCAUGCUGCCACACGGGCAGUUUUUGUCUAUCGCUAGGUGAAGCCAACGCCUGCUGGGACAAGACCUCCGGAAACACCUACGUAGCAGGCUGCACCGACCCCUCCUUCACCGACCCCAACUGCCUCUACAAGCGCGACCCCUUCCACUCCCAAGAAUGGGUCGCCAUCAACCAAGCCUGCAAAAACCUCAACGCCGCCUCCAGCCCCGACACGACCAACUGGACCGGCUGCAAGGUCCCCGACAACUCCACCGAACUGGUGAAGCUCUCCCUCGACGCCUGCACCCCCUAUUGCAACAAAGACCAGAUCCUCUACCCCGGCUCCUCCUCCCUCGCCGCCUACGCCAGCCUACCCACCAUCCCGGGGUCGUCCAUCUUCUGGCAAAACAACUACGUGCCCCCCACCGCGCCAGCAGCGGGGUACACCCCCGGCAAAACCCGCGGCGUCGUCCCAACCUACACGGGUAAAUCGUCCACCUCCUCCUCCGCCGCCUCUCCCGAACCGGGAGGUCUCUCUCCCGGAGCCAAAGCGGGGAUCGGCGUCGGCGCAGCGAUAGGUGGUAUCCUCCUCCUGUUGAUCCUAGGCUGGGCAAUCGUCCUCUGCCGCCGCAAGCGUCGGAGACAAAAGGAGUUGGAGAUUGGGCAUUAUAACAGUAUCCAUGGUGGUGGGCAUCACCCUGGGAUGGUGGGUGUGCGUUCUCCCGGUGGCUUCAGCCAAAGCCAUUACUCACAGCAGGAUGUCAUGACUGUCAGCUCGGCGACGGCUGUGCACCCGAGUCCGCCGCCGCCGUUUAACAGUGGUUUGUAUUAUGCGCAUAAUGCUGCUCCUGGGGAGUUACCCGGAACGACAGUGGGUGGGGGGCAGAGCCCGGGGCAAAAGAGCGAGUUGCCGGCUGAUGAGAGGUUUUCGGUGCAGCUGCCUACCUAG